AUUGAUCUCAGUCCAGUCUCUCGAGCACCUAUCGAGUGUAAACCAGAACGAGCCGACUCACUGCUUCCUUGUCGGAGAAGAACUACCCUGUGACUUCAACAAGACCUUGCGCCGCGAACCUCCCGUCCCCCCAAGCCCCGCGGAACCGCCUUCGCGUCCGAUCAGUUCGAAGCGGCUCUCGAACGAGGGUACUCAACGUUGUUAAGAGCAGAAAGAACUUAGGACACGUACAAACACAUGGUUGUAUGUUUCCUGCAGCAUCAAUGUGUCCAGCUUUGUCUGUCGAAGCUGGUCACUCUGGCAGACCUGCGUCACCUACAGUGAUGGAAAGAUCGUGACCUGUUGCGACAAGAUGUCCCAAGGAAUGCACAAAAGGCCUCAAGAGAUACAUCAAAUAUCCAAGGCCAAGCAGCAUACAGGAAAGAUCAUUGCGCAAUUAGACGAGCGAAUACACCACCUCCAGGAAUAUAUCGUUCCCAGACAACCAUACCUUCUUUCGGUUCCUUCGGACGUUCCAUAUCGACAUAGUUCGCGAUUCACAAACACCUGGUAUGAGGGCACACCUUUUAAUCGACACGAAGAGCAACUUCAAUACCUGAGUUUUCUUACUCAUCAGGGUGAUCACGAGACACUCUUGAAAGUGGAGGGUGGAUGGGCAGACGAGCAGGGAAAUCCCAUUGAAGAAGAACUCUCCCCCCGGACAGUACCCGCCAGUGGUCACAAUACUCCUGCAGGAUCGGGACAUCGAAAAAAAAUCAGUCUGAAGGACUAUAAGACUAAGAGCAAGAGUCCUCCUACCACGCAUCUUCGACCGCAAUUGUUGGCGGUAGAGAACAGAGUGAAACACGCAGGAAUAAGUUCAGUGGUUCGGACACAAGAAGAGACAGCGAAGACACCUCACUUGAACAAGGAUAAGGAAGAAACUCCGCCGACGGUAGACGUCCGGGUGUCAGACUUCGAGUCUGAAGCGCCUCUUUCGAACGGUCCUGUGUCCCCCACGAAGCCACGCCCAGAUCAAGCAGAAGAGGGCCCCAGUCCCGCGAAGAAGCGGAAGCUGUCACCGCCUUUUGAAGAUAGCAGACCUGUUGAAAAGUCGCCAAAGGUCGAAUCCCAACAGCCCAGCAUGGAGAUGCCGACAUUAUUGUCGCCGACACUACCCUCCCCUGAAGAUGAGAACCGGCUGCCCCAGUUAUUGUCGCCAGUCCUCCCUCCUUCGCUUGCGAAAGCGAUGUCGAGCUCUCCAAAUCCUACAUCCCUCGGCAGUCCUGUAAUCGGUCUACAUCAGCGCACAGAGUCUGUCCGCUCAAUCCUUGCAGGUGCCGACCUUGAUAAUGACCCUUCUAAUGACAGGACUAAACUGGCACCUGGUGGCAGUCGUGUCCGCUCAGAUAGUGUGCAUUCUGCUAGAAGUUCUGCGCCGGGUACUCCUAAUGCAGUCAGAACGGUAUUGGGUUCGAAAGUGCUCUCCAAGAACGGCAUCAAAGUUAGCACACCAUUGCAGAAUGGAGCACGAGCAAGCCCCGGACCGAGACAGCGACAUACUAUCAUCUUGAAGUAUGGCAAGAAAAAUCGAAAGCGGGUUGAAGCGUUGCUCAAGUUUGCACCACGCCCUAAGAAGGAAGUGGUCAAACAAGAAGCGAGCAACACGCCAGAGAUCAAACCAAAGAAAGAACCGAUCAAACAAGAGGACAGAGAUGGACAACGUACUCCCGAUGUCAAAGUGAAAUUAUCUGCUCUGGACGAUGUCAAGCUCGAAAAGAAGCGCAAGGCCGAGGACAGUCCUGGACUGGCGGUCAAGAAGAUGAAAUCUUCGAAUUUGACUGCGGAAGACGUCAAGCGACCUUCCACGCCUGCUCCUCCAGCUAGCAGAACACCGCUCGUGUCACAAUCCAGAUCGACCUUUAGUACCCCUAAGAAGGAGCUGAAAUCAACGGCGAUGAGAAGAGUCGAAUCCUCGGAUGGCAUCGAUGUGCCCACUCCCACUGGAGAUAAGGGUCGUGUGUCAACUCCUGUGUCAGCCCCCAAACCAUCACCACAGCCUACAUCCUUAAGCAGCCGAGAGGAAGAGCGACAGCAGUGGUCGACUAUGAACACCAAAUUCUUCACGUUAGGUCGCAGCCUGAAGCACGAGGGCACUUCUAUGCUUCCAUCCUCUGAUGACGAUUCCAAACCUGCGCAGUCUGCCAAAGGAGUGAUUUUAAUCAUAGAGGCGUUGCUCUGCUUCAUGAUCAACAUCGCCGCGCAGGGUCACGCCAGACCGGGCGUCGAUCCUGGUUGGCGCUCAAUCAUACUGUACCACAUUUUUGUGUGGCGGGCUUCGAGGAAAUAUCCCCAUCUGCACGGUCUGGUCGUCCAGCUUGGGGCGGUCUGUCGACAGUACGUCCAGAAGUACGAUUUGGAUAGAUUGGCACGGGAUCCUCUGCCUGAGGACUACUGCAAUUCAGCUCCAACGCCCAGUAGCGACGGGAAUACCAAGCCCAGCGAGGAUGUUGAGAAAUACAAGAAGCGCUACACCCAAUUCAGAGACGACAUGAUACAUAAUAUCCACGAACUGCAGACUGCCUGGCUGGAUGGAUUCCGGCAACUGUCUCCAGAGUUGUUGCGGCGGGAGUAUCCGAAGACCUGGGGGAAGCGGGCUAAGGAUGCGAAUGCGAGGAUGCAGGAAAAACCAUCACCAUCAAAAAUAGUCAAGGAUUUCUACUUGCCGAUGGAUGUAAAUACGACUCCAUUCGAAGCUGCGAGAUUUGGACUUGCCUUUCUCGAAGAAUGGGCGGAGAAGGAGAAGAUUGACUGGAAGACGAAGGUCGAUUUCUGAAGCAACUACCAGUGUAGUUGACCGUGCUGCUUGUAAUGUUGUGGGAAGCAUUACAUAUUUAUGGGAAGACACGAACGCCUUAUGAUAUUAGCGACUUGAGAGCUUGAGAUACCACUAUGGAGCAAAAGAUGAGCUUUGCUCCCUGUUACUGCGUGCUGGGAUAGAACAAUC